AUGUCAUUCCUAAAGACUGUAGCAGAGAAGAACGGAACUGUGGUAAUUGUUGGAGACUCCAACGCCCCUGAGGCAAUGUGGGAAGAACUGAUUGCUCCGCCCAACACAUUUGGGGGCGAUGUAGUGAAGUUCAUGUUAGACUUUGCUCUCGUUCAGCAUGUCACAAGUCCAACGAGGUGGCGGGUAGGUAAUUACCUUGAGCUUCUGGACUUGGUGAUCACGAAACAUUCCGGCGAGGUCGAGUGUUUGAGAAUCAUAGCAACACUUGGGCGGAGUGACCAUGGAGUGUUGCGUUUCACCAUCCCAGAUGCGAUAGAUGUCCCCCCACCGAAGCUGACAAGGGCUCGUAAUAAAAUCACUAAACCGCGUAAGCUCGAGGCGGCUGGAAGACUGAAAUGCAACGUACCGUACGGGAGCGUUCAGGAGGGUUACCAGCUCUUCAAAGAGAAGCUCGAGCGGCUCACUGAGGAAGUUGCACCACACAGUGCUAAUAAGAAAAAGGGAAGGCUUGCCUGUUGA